CCGUUGUGCUGCUUCUAGGCGUGUGUCAUCCAAGGCCCGGAACAACGUGCUUCCAUUUCGCCCACGCUCCGUCGUCUUCGACCUUUGAAACUUGAACCCACCGACUUUCUACUAGUAUUCCUGCCACUGACUAUCCGUCAACCUGCAAAUCCAUCCAUCGUCUUCCGCCAUGGUUUCAUAACGACAGCGCUGUGACAUCAAAAUGGUGGUGGUUUUGUGUCUAACGUCUGUUACAAGUCGUUGCACUUGAAUCCUUCCUCCGAAUCAAAUCCCCUCGCUCCUCAACAUCGAUCCAUUCCUUUCUGAUCUAGCUCCCUUGACAGGCCUAGACCCCGCUACAGCCUGUGGGUAUCUUCUUCCCAUCAGGCCUUGCGACCGCCACAACCGACGACCUCUCUUCAACUCCUCCUUCAUCUUUCCAUCGGAAACGCCCAUCUUGGGAGCAAUGCAGCCCGGCGCUGAGCAGAUCCAACAUGAGCGACUUGCGAUGACAUUCGACACCUCGAUACGACCUACCCCUACAUCCCUAACUUCCGACUCUACUUCCGUACCACACUUCAACGACCCUUCGACCUGGCGGCAAGGUCGAUUUCGGUCAGCGACAGAUGGCCCUACAGGUUCGAUUGUCAUAAACAUCAGUGAUGGCGGAUCGACUGGUCGCGGUAUCCUCAUCGGCGUUUUAUCCGCCUUCGGCUCCGCCGGCAUCGCAGUUCUCGUACUUGCUAUUGUCUUCUUUUUCAAAUAUACAUCUAAGGGUCGCAUCCUGCUGGACCGGAUAGGCCGGCCUGGCGAAUUCGAUGAUGAACAAGCCUUUGCGCAGGAAGAGGCGGAUGCCCUGGAGACGAUGGAUGAGUUGCAAAGGGCGGAGUAUCUGAGGGCAAAAGCUUUUAUCCAAGCAAACCCACCCGAGUCCGUCCAAACCGAUAUAUCGCUGUCGCAGUUCCUGGCCAUCCAGGAAAAGGGCGUUUCCGCUUGGGAAUUCGAGCCCGAGCUGGAAAUCGCCAACUGCUUUGUCGAAGCCCGAACGGAAAUCGAAUUCUUUGACUCUGAAUGUAGUGUUCAAAGCAAUUUGCCCGUUCCGAAACAAAAUGAAGUAUACUACUGGGAGGCCAAGAUCUACGACAAGCCGGAAUCCAGUUUGAUCAGUAUUGGAAUGACCACCAAACCAUACCCUCUUUUCCGACUCCCAGGUUACCACAAGACAUCCAUCGCGUAUAUCUCUACCGGUCACCGACGAUAUAACCAACCGUUCUCUGCCACGCCCUACGGUCCGCCAUAUGUGCAAGGCGAUGUGAUUGGGGUCGGAUAUCGACCUCGGACAGGCAGUAUAUUCUUUACCCGCAACGGAAAGAAACUUGACGAAGUGGCGCAUAAUCUGAAGACUCAGAAUUUCUUUCCGACAGUUGGCGCCAACGGGCCAUGCACGGUUCAUGUCAACUUUGGGCAAAUGGGGUUUGUUUUCAUCGAAGCCAACGUAAAGAAAUGGGGUUUGGCGCCGAUGACUGGAAGUCUCGCUCCGCCACCCCCGUACGGGAGCGAGCAAGGUAGCAUCCUUCUCGAGACUGGCAGAGAAGGAAUUCGAGAACCAGAGUACACACCUGGUCACUCACGGACACGCAGCGGGCUUGCAAGAAUCGGCCUGAGUCCAGGGCCCAUUCGGUCUCCCACGGACAUUUCACUCGCUCAACUCACCCAUAUCUCGACAUCCGAUCUUCCCGGUCAUGGCAACACAUUACUUGAUGUUGCCGACAUUCAAAACCAACCUGUCGAGAACACGCCGAACGGACAGGUCAUCAUCCCACCUCCUGAAUAUUCUAGUCCCCCUAGAAGUCGAAGCAACAGUGGCAGAGCUGGGGGAGGCGAAGAUGGCCGCAGCAGAGAACCCCCGGAUGGCGGGCCCCAUCAACCACCCAUUCCCACGUAUGAUGCUGCAGUAGGCGAAGCGGCCGGCCCGAGUCACUCAUGAUACCCCCCUAGCAUAAAAGAAAUGAAUUUGAAUUUUUAUCAUGUACAUGAAUGAAUACGUCUUUUGCUUUUCACUUUUGCUUUCGACACGAGUGCUCGUAUGUAAGGUAGCCGGACGGAUGUGGUAUGUAUGGUAUAGCAUAGUGUGACACCGGUACACACAAGUCUUUCCCUUCG